GGCAACAGUAAUGCAACACGAUAGAUCGGAUGCUUGAGGAAAAAACGGAUAAACGGAUAAAUAAAACACAUUUAGUCUCAGUAGCAAGUUGACAUACAUUUGCUACGAUGGGUUUGUGUAACAUCACACUGGUAGCUAAAUCGUAUUUUUUCUUUGGUUACGAGUGAGUAAGUUUACAUGCACAGUAAUAAUUUGAUAUGAAACUGAUUGUGACAAUAUUAUGCAAUAGUCAUGGAAACACCUUACUCUGCUUAUUUUAAUCGGCGAAAGGUGACAUCGAAGUAAGCAUAUGCUGAUUAAAACACCUGGUUUUCUAAUCAAUAUUUCGAAUUAUUACGACAUGUUUGGGAAAUCCUGAUUUACCGUGGAGCAAUUACAAGUGGCGAAAACCCUGUAUAAAAAGAAACAAACAGCAUGCCAAAAGCGCGGUCGCAAUUCGAGGCCAAAUUACGCGCAUCCGAGGCUGUUUUUGGUUUCACUUCCUCAAAGAACCAGUACUGUGUUCAGUGUUUUUACCCCUCCUGACAUUGUUUGAGACAAGACUAGAUUCCUAUUCUAACGGUCAUAGAGAAACGUUUUGUUAUUAUCCUGUCGUACGCUAUUUAAUGGUUUAAUAACCAAGACUGGAGUUGGUUUUUGAAGAGAGCCGUAGUUCCCGAGUUUUUCCGCCGCGGACUAAGACAGCGCGGAUAAGAACAAUGUUAUCAAAGGUUCUGACGUAAAUACAGGCAGCUGAAGCCAUGCAUAUUAUGGGCUCCAGUGCCGAGGAAGCCCGUGCUGGACUAACGGGCCAUGUGUCCACUGUCCAAAUGCUCACCUUGCACCGUGAGCUACUGGUUUCCCAAGUGAAGAGCACGCAGUGCAUUCUGGAUAACCUCCUAGAAAGUGGUUUUCUGUGUAUCGAGGAUGCAGAAAUCAUCCAGCGCGCAGCCACCAAGACAGACCAGGUGCGUAAAAUCCUGGAAUUGGUCCAAAGCAAAGGGGAGCAGGCAUGUGAAUACUUCCUAUAUAUUCUCUACAAAGUUUAUGACGCAUACAUAGACCUCCAACCAUGGCUUAAAGAGAUCAACUACCAGCCACCAGACUUCAUACGGGACAUACCAGUGAAGAACACGGACCCUAUUAGUAGGUACUGUGAGAAGCUGAGGCACGAGCUGGGCCGAGACACACGCUUCAUUGCAUCCUACACCAAGCGAGAGGAAACCCUGCUGGAGGAGCUCUAUACAGACACCCUAAUGGAGCUCCUGAAUGAGCGCAAUGAGAGCCUGGGCCACCUGGAGGGUCUGGAGCAGCUCCUGGGAGAGCAGGGUGUCUUUAACCCACAGGCAGAGACGGUGCUCAUCACGGGGGACGCUGGGGUGGGCAAGUCCAUCCUCCUCCAGAAGCUCCAGAGGCUGUGGUCAAAUAGGGAGCUGGAACAGACAGACGCRAUGUUCUUCUUCAAGUUCCGCUGUAGGAUGUUCAGCACAUUCAAGGAGACAGACGAGAUCUCACUCAGGGACCUGCUUUUCAAAUACAACUGCUACCCCGACCAAGAUGCGGACAAUGAGGUGUUCAGCUACAUCCUCCGCUUCCCUGAAAAGGUUCUCUUUACGUUUGACGGCUAUGAUGAGAUCCAGGCUGAUCUGGACCUGGAGAACAUGCCUGAGGUGGUUUCUCCAGAGGAGAGGACUCACCCCCUUCUGGUGCUCAUUAACCUGCUCUGUGGGAAGCUGCUUAAUGGUUCCCGGAAGGUCCUGACGGCUCGGACAGGCACCGAGGUCCAGAGCAGGGUGAUCCGGAAGAGGGUGGCACUGCGUGGUUUCUCUCCGGCCCACCUUCAAACCUACACCAACCUGCACUURCAAGACCAAGAGCACCGGGACUUGGUCUCAGUCCAGCUGGAUGCCAGCCCCCACCUCUGUGGCCUCUGCUCCAUCCCACUCUUCUGCUGGAUCGUCUUCAAGAGCUUUAAACACCUGCGCUCAGUCUACGACGACUUUGAGCUGCCAGAGGCUUGCAUGACCCUCACUAACAUAUUCCUUCUGCUGUCUGAAAUCUUCUUCAGCCGGGGGGCCGCUCCCCCACCGGGCCUCCUGAAGAGAAACACCAGGUGCCCCGCUGAUACCUUCAGGGCAGGGCUGAGGCCGCUGACAGCCUUCUCCAAGCUGGCUCUGCUGGGCARGGAGAGAGGAGGCUUUGUGUUCGACCAGGAGGAGGUGGCCUCCUGUGGCCUGACUGAGGAGGACCUUCAGGUGGGUUUCCUCCGACCAGUCAGCCGCUACGAUGCCUGUGGAAACCCUUCUACGUUUGAGUUCUUUCACCUCACCCUGCAGUCCUUCUUGGCUGCAUUCUCCCUGGUUCUGGACGAACAUGCCAGCGUAGGCAACAUCCUCAAGUUCUUCACCGAGUGCAGCAGGAGGGACAACACAUCUUGUUUAUCAUUUGUCUUUCCCUGCAUCGGUGGCUCCUCCAAACCCAGGGGAAAGGARCCGUUCAAGACCAACGAGCAUCUCCAGUACGCCAACCUCUUCCUGUGUGGACUGCUGUCUAAGACCAACYCCGGCCUYCUGGAGCACAUGGUUCCUCCAGCGCUACUGAAGAGGAAGCGGGCYGUCCUCAAGUCCUACCUGUCCACCAGCGUGAGGUCCCACCUCCGCGGCCUGCCACUCCACAGCACAGAGCAGGAGGGCAGCAAGGUGCAUGUCCUUCCCAACUUCCUGUGGAUGCUGCGUUGCAUCUUCGAGACAGGAAGUAAAGAGGUGGCCCAGCUGACUGCGAAGGGCAUCACAGCUGACUACAUCAAGCUGGGCUACUGUAAUGUGUUCUCUGGCGACUGCAGUGCCCUCAACUUUGUGCUGCAGCACCGGCGGAAGAGGCUAGGGGUGGACAUGGACAACAACAACAUCAGUGACUAUGGGGUCAAGCAGCUCAGGCCUUCAUUCAGUAAGAUGACCGUGGUGAGAUUGUGUGUCAAUCAGAUCUCAGACAGCAGCGUCGAGGUACUGGCUGAGGAGCUUAUCAAACACAGAGUGGUGGAGGUUCUGGGACUUUACAAUAAUCACAUCACGGACAUCGGAGCCAAGCUAAUUGCUCAUAUCAUUGAGGAAUGUCCUAAGUUAAGAGUCGUCAAGGUUGGCAGCAACAAGUUCACCAGUGUGGGUGGCAGGUACCUGGCCAGUGCCAUUCAGAAGAGCACAUCUAUCUUUGACGUGGGAAUGUGGGGGAACAGCAUUGGUGAUGAAGGAGCAAGAGCAUUCGCAGAGGCCCUGAGGAAUCACCCAAGUCUUACCAACCUCAGCCUCUCAGCCAAUGGCAUCACUUCAGAAGGUGGGAGGAGCUUGGCUGAAGCACUGAAAUGCAACACAAUGCUCAGAAUCUUCUGGUUGGUGCAAAAUGAGUUGUCAGAUGAUGUAGCACCAGACAUGGCAGAACUGAUCAGAUCCAACACGGGUCUAUCUCACCUCUGGUUAAUCAAUAAUCAGCUGACAGUGGAUGGAAUCAGACAGCUGUCAGAGGCUCUCUCCCACAACACAUCACUCAAAGAGAUCWGUUUGAAAGGAAACUGUCUUUCUGAAGAGGAAGAGAAGCUGUUUGAGGCUGAGGGAAGGCUACGCUUCCACUGAGGAGACAGAACUGCGCUGGAGCGUGUGUAGAUUGGUCACCUCUGUUACCGAAACUUAGAAAUUCUUUGUGUAUUUUCUUGCAUACAACAUUUUGUAAAUAUUUGAACAUACUGUAUUAGCUAGGUGAUUCUGGCAUAUGGGUAAAAGCCUUGACUACUGGCUGUAAGCGAAGGAGUGAUGCGCGUUUGGAGCAAUACUGGCUGUAUCCAAGGGUCAGCCAAUCGUUCA